AUGUUCAACGUCGCUGUGAUUGUGGUGGCACUGGCUACAGCCCACAUUGUAGCUGCUCGACCCGCAGACGAUCAUCAUCAUGGGUGCAAAACAAAAGAAAAUUCCUUCAAAGAAUGUUUCAUCGAAUCUGGAAAUCACUUAUUUAAGAUGUUACACAAAGGUGACAAGAGCCUCAACUUGCCGGUGUUGGACCCGCUGGAAGUGAAGAAGAUGACGGUGUUUAACUUGGGACAACACAUGCGACUGGAGAUGUCAGACGCUACUCACCGCGGGCUCGGAGACGCUGUCAUAAGCAGUGCGGAUGCGGACCCACAACACUAUACGUUCAUGAUGAACAUGACCAUUCCAAAAUACUCUAUAAAGGGAAAAUAUGACAUGAAUGCCAAGAUCGCAAAUUUGCCGAUGCAAGGAGUUGGAAACGCAGAUAUCACUUUAGAGGACCUGCAGGUAUGGUGGGAUGUGAAGGGCAAGCCUGUCACAAGGAAAGGCAAGCAGUACAUGGAGAUCACAGAGUUCAAGGCAAACUUUGCACCCAAAGUCAUGAAGAUCCAUUUGGAUAACCUUUUCAAUGGAAAUAAGGAACUGGGCACAACCAUCAACACCUUUCUGAAUGAAAACUGGGAGGAGGUUCUCAAGCAACUGAAGCCAUCAAUGGAGAAAUCUUGGAGCCAACUUAUGAAAGCAAUCGGAACAAAACUCCUGGAGAAGAUUCCCUACAAAGAAAUGUUUCCUGACAUGUAAAAUCAUUUCUCCUACACACUCUUCUAGAGCUCAUUAACUACCUAUGCCACAUCAUCUGUACAUUGCCAACUCUUGCCAAAUGAUAACAAUUGUGAUUUUACUAUUAAGUCUAUUUAUUCUUGUGUAUUUAUUUAUUGGUACUUUU